AUGGCUUCUGCAGCACCAGGACUGGAUCUCGCAGCGGCAGCCGCCGAAGAUCCCCCAAGACAAGCACCUCGACCUGUGACUACUGACGAGUCCUUAUCGGACCAUCCCAUUGCUCCUGAUCAAUUCGACCCUCGAUUGGAAACUGAUAAAUUCGAAAUCUGGAGUUACUACCUGUAUUAUGUCGGAAACAACGGGUUGACACUGUUUAACUUUGCACCGACUGCAUUUCAAAAUCUGUUGUACCAAGCUGCUGGGGAUGGAACGAGUCUAAGAUUUGCGGGCCGUGAGAGGACCAUUAACUCUAUCGUGCUGUUAAGCAAUGGUAUUAGUUUUGCCAUUCAGAUUGUGAUAUUCCUGAUCUUGGGAAGCUUCGCAGAUUUUGGGACAUGGAGACCCAAUAUUCUGAUUGCCCUGUCAAUUCUGGCGUGGGGCAUAGGCUUCGGCUGGCUGGGUAUACAUGAACCUUCCAAAUGGCAAAUCGCUACGGGAAUGUACAUAGUAGGAUUGAUUGCGUAUCAAACGUGUCUUACUUUCUGGACUGCAGCGUUUCCCGGGCUUGCACGAAAUACAGCCUACAUGCGAGAGAAAGCUCAGGCAUACGAAGCGGGAGAAAUUCCCAGAUCUGAGUAUGACAAGGCGGAUAUGUUCAAGCGUGCUGAACUCUCCAACAUCGCUUUCUACGUUCAAUCCGUCGGCGAAAUUGGUAUUCUUGCUAUCAUCGUCGGCAUCAUGUUUGGUGUAAAGGUCAAUGAUUCGGUUGAGAACAACAAUUGGGGUCUCUCGGUACUGAUCGCAUUUGCAACUGGGUGUUGGAUGCUUCUCGCCAUCCCCUGGUUCUUGAAAGAGAAGAGAAGACCGGGUGAAGCUGUUCCUGCUGGAAUGAACAUUGUCUCUGCAGGUAUUUGGCAACUAUACCGAGCUCUCCGCCAGAUUUGGAAACUCAAGCAAUCCUUGAUCUACCUCAUUGGGUACUUCCUUCUGGGUGAUUCGCUUAACACAACCGUCACUGUCAUAGCGACUCUGCAAAACUCAAUCAUCGCGUACAACACGCUAGAGCUUACCUAUCUUUUAAUCGUUGGUAUCGCAGCCCAAGCCGUUGGAAUCUACGGUUUCUGGUGGGUACAACAACGCUACUCCCUCUCCUCAAAAACCAUGUUCAACAUCGUCGCCAUCAACAUCGUAAUCCUCGAUCUCUGGGGCAUGGUCGGGAUUUGGACGCAGAAAUUCGGCUUCCACAACGUCUGGGAAGUCUGGGUGUACCAAGCUUUCUACGGUCUUCUAGUCUGUCCCUGGUACUCCUACUCGCAGAUCAUGAUCUCCGAAGUCACGCCUCGCGGUCGCGAGUUCCUGUUCUUCAGUCUCUUCAGCAUCAUUGGGAAGACGUCUAGUUUUAUCGGGCCGUUGGUUAGUUCGGCAAUCAUUGAUGCUACGCCAAGUGGGAAUACCAGUACGCCGUUCUAUUUUCUUGCGGCAUUGAGUGCUGUGAGUUGUGUCGUGUGUAUUUUUGGCGUUGAUUUGGAGAAGAGUAGGAAGGAACAGGAGGAUUUCUUGCUGAAAGAACAGGCGAUUAAGGAUGAUCUGGCGGGAGUCGGGUUCAGUAGUCGGGAGGACGUUGUUGCAACUAGUGGGAAGGAUACCAUCGACACUAAGCUGUAG